AUGUCAUGGCUCAAACUUCCUUCGUUGGCCACGGAUGCCUCUACGGAGGCUGUUCUAACUGCUUUUGCGGGAAUGGAACCUGACAUGGUGCUCGAUCACUUGCAGACCCAUAAGGAUGGACUCACCGAUGAAGAGGCCGAUACCCGUCGAUCCAUCAAGGGGCCAAACAUCUUGCCAACUCAUGCGCCUCCUUCAUGGAUCAUCACUCUUCUCAAAACCAUCCCGAACCCGUUUAAUAUCCUGCUGAUCGCUUUGGCCAUUAUCAAUGCUGCCGUUCCUCCAGGAUCAUGGAAAGGUUUCACCGUCUUAGUUGUCAUGGUCGUCAUAUCUAUAGCCGUUCGUUUCUGGCAAGAAUACCGAAGCAGCCUGGCAGUCUUCAAACUCCAGUCGUCAGUUUCCUGCAAUCUCGAUGUUCGUCGCCAGUCCAACAUUGCUCUGAGCCAAAAGGUUUCCACUGCCAGCGAAGGUAGCAAAAAGACUGUUUCCGAACAGGACUUGGUGCCUGGAGACAUUGUCCUGCUCUCACCUGGAUCUGUCAUGCCAGCUGAUUGCUUGAUUUUGGAAGCCACCUUUUUGCGCGUGAGCCAGUCGACGUGGACCGGAGAAAAUGAUCCAGUGCCCAAAACGCCAAGCACCUCGGGUGAGAAGGGAACGACUCUUUUCGAUCUGAACAACAUUGCCUUUAUGGGAACGAGUGUCAUCUCUGGUAACGGAGUUGCGCUAGUCCUUCGAACCGGGCCGGAUGUUUUGAUUGCAAGCAUGGCCAACGAGCUCAAGAAGCGCCGUGAACCCAACUCUUUUCAGAUUGGUAUUCGACAUGUCAGCUACAUGCUGAUUGGCUUCAUGCUCACCAUGGUUCCCUUGGUGCUGGGUAUUUCUGGAUACACCACCAAGGACUGGGACGCUGCGGCUCUCUAUAGCAUUAGCGUUGCUGUCGGAUUGGUACCUGAAAUGCUUCCUGCAAUCGUCAACGCCAAUCUUGCCAGGGGUGCCUAUGUGUUGUCCAAGAUGAAGGCCAUUUCCAAGAGACUCGAUUCGGUCCAGAAUUUAGGCGCCAUGACUGUGCUAUGCAGUGACAAGACUGGAACUUUGACCAAAGACGAAAUCACGCUGUGCCAUUAUCUCGAUUGUGCCAACGAAUCCAAUGCCAAUGUUCUGAAACUCGCAACGGUUGACUCGGUGGUCCAAGGCUCCAAUGGGAACAACAUUGACGGCGCCAUCUUGGACUAUCGCAUGGCCGAUGGUCGCCCGAUUAGCACGGCUCAAUACGAAAAGGUUGCCGCAAUUCCCUUCAACUUUGAGCGCCGCCGAUCUGCUUGCGUUGUCAAAGGCGUAACUGGCACCAAUCUGCUCAUUUGCAAAGGUGCUUUCGAAGAAGUCCUCCGCCUUUGCUCCAUGGUCCGCAAGGGCGGUGUUACGCUUCCUCUGGACUUCCAGGUGAAACAAACACUCCUCGAGCGCGCAAAUGAGCUCAACAAGGAUGGAUAUCGUGUACUUUUGGUGGCUAUGAAACAAAUUGGAGAUAUCAACAAGGAAGACGAAGAUGGUCUGCAUGAAUUGGAAUCCAACAUGAUUCUUGAAGGCAUGAUCACCUUCAUUGACCCUCCAAAGGACGAUGCAGCUGAGUCAAUCGCCCAGCUCAAGAACCUUGGGGUCGAAAUCAAAGUUCUCACUGGUGAUACACUUCCUGUGGCUGUCAAUGUAUGCCAGCGCCUUGACCUCAUUAGCCGCGACGAAGCCGCUGAAGAUGACGACGUGCAAGCAAUUACUGGACCCGAAUUGGCUCUCCUACAGGAUACCGAUGAGUUCGACAAUGUUGUCAAGACUUGCAAAGUGUUUGCUAAGUUGACUCCGAACCAAAAGGCCCUUGUUAUUGGUAGUCUCCGAAAGGCAGGCAACUGUGUGGGCAUGCUUGGGGACGGCAUCAAUGAUUGCAUUGCGCUUCGAAAAGCAGAUGUGGGCAUUUCAGUCGACUCCGGAGCCAGUGUUGCCAAAGACUGUGCGGAUGUGAUCCUGACAGAGAAGGGCCUGGGUAUUAUUGUUACCAGUGUGACAACUGGCCGUCUUACCCAUGGUAACACUAUCAAGUACAUCAAGAUGGUGGCUUCGUCCAACUUUGGCAAUGUCUUCAGUAUGCUUGCGGCUUCCGCCUGGCUCCCGUUCACUCCAAUGCUUGGUAUUCAAAUCCUUGCCCAGAACUUGCUCUACGACAUCAGUCAGAUUGCUAUUCCGUGGGACCGAGUCGACCCCGAGUACUUGGCUACGCCCAAGACCUGGAAAACAUGGGACCUCCUUCGCUUCGUCGUCGUCCUCGGCCCGACGAGUUCUGUCAUUGACAUUCUCACCUUUGCCCUCGGCUGGUUCUACUACGGAAUCCAAAACACCGACGACCCAGAGGCGGUGAAGCGUUUCCAAACACAUUGGUUCCUUCAAGGUCUCCUCACACAAACCCUCAUCGUGCACCUCCUGCGAACUGCCAAAAUCCCAUUCAUCCAAUCGCGCGCUGCAAUGCCCCUCGCCCUUUCUACGACGGCCAUCAUGAUCAUUGGCUUUGUGCUCCCUUGGAUCCCGCCAGUCCAGCGGGGCCUUAGCUUUGCUCAGCCGGCGCCGUCGUAUGUUGGGUUCCUGGCGGCCGAGCUGCUGCUGUACAUGGCAGAGGUGCAGGUUGUCAAGAUGAUUUACAUCAAGAUCUUCAAGACGUGGUUGUAA